UCAUAUUUCAAGUCCCCUGGCGCCGGGUCCUAUUCAAGCUUCGCUUCUUCAUUUUCAUGCCAUAAGAACAAACCGUUCGUGGUGUACAAAAGGCAUGCAAAUUGUGCAUUCGUACAUAGCUUCCACGUCCCGACUCUCCCAUCUAGUCAUAUCACUCCAUCAAACUGUCCGUUCAGACAUAACUACCACUUGAUCUCCCCAGGCAGAUUCCUUCGCGAGCUAAAAACCUUCUGCAUUUGCCUGGGGGGCAGUAGGAACAUAUCGAAUUUCAAUGACAGUGAUGGUGACGCGCUUGACGUCCGAUCUCAAUAUGGGUUCUGCCGCCGCUAUCGCUUUUCUUAUUUGGGAGCUCUUGAUAACUUUCGACCGCGAGGUGAAUUUUAUAUGGUCAAAACCGAGAAGCUCUUGGAUCAAGUGGGUCUUUCUCUUUGCCCGAUACUUUCCACUCUUGGCCGGACUAUGUGGCCGCAUUAUCGAUUCCAUAGUCUUGUAUAAACAUCCAAUUCCAAUACCGCUAAAUGCCUUGCGCAUCUGGUAUAUCUGUCAGGUUCUGAUAAUCCACCUGAUGAUGAUGGGGGCGGAAAUUGUUAUGAUGGCGCGAGUCUAUGCGUUGUAUAAUCGCAAUCGAUAUAUUGGGGGGGUGUUCUUUCUUCUUCUUUUUGGCGAAACUACCUCGGUUGUAAUUGGCCUUUCACUGAAUUUGCCGAGCAAAAACUUCGAUUCCAGCUCACUGAUAACCAGCUCCUCCAAGUCCUUCAUUUAUUUCGGAAUCUCAGCAAUGAUUUCGCAAGUGGUCAUACUCGCUUUCUCUAUCUAUCGAUAUAUCCGGGGGGAUUGGAAAGGUGUUCCAAUUGUCUCUCUCAUGAUUCGCGAUGGAACGCUUGCCUUUGCAGUCUUGUUUUUCGUUUCUUUGCUGCUGGUCACGUACACGGCGAUGGGUCUAACAUAUUCCACACCCACAUUUGCGUGGCUGAUGAACUUCAUCUCGACGGCUGAAUGCCGGCUGAUUCUGAACAUGCAGCAGAUUCCCGUCCCAAACAAUACGUACCGGACUUCUGAUACACCACUGACGACAUUCCUCGUGGAUAAUAGUGGACUUGGAGAAUAUCGAUCAAACGUUGCAGCUCCAUGACACUUAUACCCUUCUACACACCACUGUAUAUACAAGCAUCAUCUACUGUAUCAAUUGGGCGGAAUUGGGGCGGAAACUUGAAUCAAAUUUGAAAUUUCCUUUCUGACGAAUUCCACGU